GCUGUUUAACAAAUACGCGGCCAUCUUGGAUUCAUCAGCCUAGCUACAGGCAGCCCUUAGUUUUCUGGGAUGGGUGGAACUGAAGCAAAACUUGGGGAUUACAGGGCGUGAUUUAUUUUUUUUUAUUAUUUUUUUUAUAGGAAAUAGUCUUGCGUCGCCGGUCGGAUGCUGGACAUUUUAGAGGAACUUUACUAACUUCCUAAAAACGUCAGCAGGCCUUUUGUUAAGGGAUUAUAAGCUGAAGUCCUUCCUUUUCGUCUAAGCCCUGUGUGCGGUUCGGUGGGCCUGUUUUAACCGUAUGGGCUUGGUUCUUUUCACAACUUUUUAUUUGACAGCGUGGGUAUAACACUUUAUAAACUCCUCGGUUAUGUUGGACUGCACAAGUUUGUGUUCUGUGCCACCGGUUGGACAUCCAGCACUGUGUGGUGUUAUUCAUCUGGAGUUCCGGCGUUUGUUGUGCUGAAAGUUCUCAGUCGAAGCUGGUCUCCUAAAUGGUCUACAUCAGCUGUCGGAAAUCUGGUUUCCACUCCGACUGAACACACUUGGAAAGACCCAUUAAGAUGUCAACGAGAACCCCGCUGCCUACAGUGAAUGAGCGCGACACGGAGAAUCACACCUCUCACACUGACGGGAGAAACGAUGGUGCCACAAGGUCCAGCCGAUCCGGGGCAAGAUGCCGCAACUCCAUCGCCUCGUGCGCCGACGAGCAGCCACAUAUCGGCAACUACCGGCUGCUCAAAACCAUCGGCAAGGGCAAUUUUGCCAAGGUCAAAUUGGCACGGCACAUCCUGACGGGUCGAGAGGUGGCCAUAAAAAUUAUUGAUAAGACGCAGCUCAAUCCUACCAGUCUCCAAAAGCUCUUCCGAGAAGUAAGAAUAAUGAAGAUUCUGAAUCAUCCAAAUAUUGUAAAGUUAUUUGAGGUCAUAGAAACGGAAAAAACCCUUUAUCUGGUGAUGGAGUAUGCCAGUGGAGGGGAGGUGUUUGACUACCUCGUAGCACACGGUCGGAUGAAGGAGAAGGAGGCCAGGGCUAAAUUUAGACAGAUUGUAUCAGCUGUACAGUACUGCCAUCAAAAACACAUUGUGCACAGAGACCUCAAGGCAGAGAAUCUGCUAUUAGAUGCAGAUAUGAACAUUAAGAUAGCAGACUUUGGCUUCAGUAACGAGUUCACGCUGGGCAACAAGUUGGACACGUUUUGCGGCAGUCCACCGUACGCCGCUCCCGAGCUCUUUCAGGGAAAGAAGUACGAUGGACCAGAGGUGGACGUCUGGAGCCUGGGGGUCAUUCUCUACACACUAGUCAGUGGAUCGCUGCCUUUUGAUGGCCAGAACCUGAAGGAGCUGCGAGAGCGAGUGCUAAGGGGGAAGUAUCGCAUUCCCUUCUACAUGUCAACCGACUGCGAAAACCUCCUCAAGCGCUUCCUGGUGCUCAAUCCUAUCAAGCGGGGUACACUUGAGCAAAUCAUGAAGGACCGGUGGAUAAAUGCUGGCUUUGAAGAGGAUGAACUCAAGCCCUUUGUGGAGCCAGAGCUCGACAUCUCAGACCAGAAAAGAAUAGACAUAAUGGUGGGAAUGGGUUACUCCCGUGAGGAGAUCCACGAGUCGCUGACAAAGAUGAAGUAUGAUGAGAUCACAGCAACCUACCUGCUGCUGGGUAGGAAGCCUACCGAGAUGGAUGCUGCCGAAUCGAGCUCCAGCAGUAACCUGUCCCUGACCAAAGUCAGACCCAACAGUGAGCACAACAAUGGCCAGUCACCAUCACACCUCAAAGUCCAGCGGAUCACCUCUAACCAGAAACAGCGGCGCUUCAGUGACCAGGCUGGUCCAACUAUUCCGUCAGUGGGUUACCCCAAGAGGAGCCAGACUACCACAGCAGAUAAUGAGCACAAAGAGGACAGCAGUGCCCAACCUCGCAAAUCCAGCUCUUCUGGGAGCCGAGGUAUGGCACCUCCGAGCCCCCUGCUGGGCAACGCCAACAAUCCAAACAAGGCUGACAUUCCUGACCGCAAGAAGGGCUCCACUGCCCCUGGGAGUAAUUCUGUGUCUGGGGGGAUGACCAGGAGAAAUACUUAUGUUUGUAGUGAACGCAACGCUGCAGACCGGCACUCUGUCAUCCAGAACGGCAAAGAAAACAGCACAACCACGGCCUCUUCACAGCGAAACCCUGGGGCUUCCACUCACAGCGUCAGUAGCGCCACACCACCAGACCGCCUGCGUUUCCCACGAGGCUCGGCGAGUCGUAGCACCUUCCACGGCGGCCAGCUGCGAGAUCGGCGCACGGCAACGUACAACGGACCCCCUGCCUCACCCACCCUCUCCCACGAUGCGACACCGCUCUCACAGUCCCGCAGCCGUGGCUCCACCAACCUCUUCACCAAACUUACCUCCAAGCUCACACGCAGAAACAUGUCAUUCAGGUUUACCAAAAGGCCACCGUACUGGGCGCUAAAUUUGGCAGCUGACAGAUGUGGUGAAUGAGAGUAAUUUGUUGCAAGAUGUCUGGAGUUCAGGUACCGAGAACUUUUUUUUUUCCCCCUUUUCUUUCUCGAUCCUCCCUCUUGUUUUUGGCCCUACUCCGAUGCUCCAGUAUUCUGUCCUAGUUGUAGAUCUUACUGCUCUAGAUCUUCUGACCCACCCCUGUCAGUCUUCCCAUGAUCUAUCCCGGCAAAAUCUCCCUAAAUAUGACCAUGCUGUGAAAGAGCUCAGACUCCACACAUAGCUAACAUGUUUCUCACUGAGCUGUAAACUCCCACAAGGGACAUGAGUCUGCUUUUUACAUGUAGUGAAAAAGUAGUGAAUCCCAAUUGUCUUUUUUCCUCUUAAUCAAACACUCUACUUGUAUGUCUCAUGGCUUUAUUAUCCACCUGCUGUUGUAUGAUUAGAAAAGAUCGGCCCAGCACAAUCCCACAAUUUUCACUGUAACAGUAGAUGAUGACCGUCCACAGACUCAGCAGUAAACAAGCACAGGGACUGUGUGUAAAGUUAAAGUAAAGGAGGUCUUUAAGUGGACAGAUAGGAAUGUGUAGAGAGGAGUUAAUGUAGUUGGUGGGUGAGCAAGAGAGGGAGACUCGGAGAGAGUGAGAGAGAGAAAUGGAGAGAGAGAGAGAUGUAUACAAUUGAAAUGGCUGAAUGACAAACAGCACAAUACAAGCAGUGAUGGUAUGAAUUGGGCAUGUAAACCUUAAAUCAGACCCUUAAAAUAGUCCAAGUAAGAUAACUAGUGAAACCCAGAACUGUCAGCUUAGCACUGCUUCUUCAGUAAACCUUGUGUGUUAUAUUGCUGUAUUUGAGUGUAGCUGUCUAGUUUUCAAAUCAAAACAGGCAAAAACACAUGAUUCUGAUUGGUUUCUCAUCAUAGUCACAGCCAACAAAAUGUGUGGAGGGAUGCAUGCUUCACUGACUUUGUUUAACCUUUAUGCACAUCUUUAUAAAUGCGCUAAAAUGUGUGAUAUUGAAUAAAAGACAUUGUGAUGUUUGCAUCACACAGUAGGUACAGGGUUAAAAAAUACCUGGAAUAAUUGUCAAUAACUGAUACAAAGCAUUAGACAGCAACUUGAGGCAGUUAAAGAAAGUUCAUUUAAGGAUCGACACUGUAAUCACAAGCAAGUGAGCAUCUUAUGCCUUUUUCUGCCUUUUCUUUCCUCCAAUCACUUUAACAGCCAAAUCAGAAUCAUUCACUAUGAAGCAGCUUGUUAUUGUAGGAGCACUUGAUCAUUCAGUUUCUUGUGCUGAGCUGUAAUUCCAGCCCACUACAUCUCAUGAACUCUGUGCUACCCUCCAAAUUACACUCUGUGUAAAUGCACAAGGGAGUGUAAACACUCGUUAUGUUGAGCUGCUCUUUUAUAAAGAGGAAGUUUUUCUCUGUAGUCCAGAGCAAGGGGAUAAAUUAAAACCCCUCUUCCUGUUUCUUGCUCUGCGUAUCAUGUUUGACUGUAUCAUACCAGAAGGAGGGAACAACUGACACCAUGUUUGACUCCUUUAGGUCAGGAAAUUCAUUCCUGCAGCUGAAGAAUCCUCACCCCCUUGUUUGACCAUAUUCUGUGUUUGAGUGCAUGAGCAAUAUCCUUGCCUUAAUUCAUAGGAAAUUGAAUAUGAGGACUAUGAAGUCUUUCGCUAUGAUCAUGCGAUCUCCUUUUUUGUGCUAGCUUUAUUAAAAUGUGUGUUAUUACCCUCUA